AAAAGCCCUAGAGCCCUGCCAGGGCAAUGGCGGAGAGGGCCGGGGCGGCAGCUGCUGCUGUAAUGCGGCCUCCAUCGCCGGAAGCAUGGCGCCAGGUCUGGCGUGAUGUUCUUCGAUCGCAGCAGCUGCGCAAGACGAUUCCUUCUGUCGCGAUUUCUAGAGUGAAUCAGUUUGAUGCCGAGAGGCUGGAUUUCGAGAUGACAGGAAUGUUGCGAGGGCAGCUCCUGAAAAUAUUUUCGUUUGUCCAGCCAGGUUUACUAUCUCGCUACGAACCGGAACUCAACGCUUUCUUGGAGUUUCUUAUAUGGAGAUUUUCGAUCUGGGUCGAUCGUCCUACGCCUGGGAAUGCUCUCAUGAACCUUCGCUACCGGGACGAGCGUGAAUUUUUGAAACUUCCAGCUUCACAAGGUAUGUUUCUUCUAUCUGUUUUUGUUCGUGCUCAAAGUUUCGAUGCAGUAAGGACGGGUUUGGAGGGCCCUGGUCUUACAGCACUACAAAAGAUUUUUUACUGCCUCGCUCUAGUGGGAGGAAGAUAUGGCUGGGCUCGGCUGCAGCUGGUUUCAGCAUUUCAACGAUGGGGAGACCGCGACAGUAGGUCAUGGCCACGAAGGGUAUGGGUCUUAUUACAACGAGCAGAAAGCUUCUAUAAGGUAGCUUACAUGAUAAAUCUGAUCGCUUUUCUUCGUACUGGAAGGUACCGGAAUUUGGUGGAGAGACUUUUGCAGACCCGCUUGGUUUAUCUAAGGCCGAACAUGAGCCGAGCGGUGAGCUUUGAGUACAUGAACCAUCAACUUGUAUGGCAAGAAUUUUCGGAGUUAUUGCUACUAGUUUUGCCGUUGCUAAACGUCUUCUCGCUCAAGAAAGUUCUUCCUUCGUCCUUGACGGGUAAAGAGACUGUAAAGCGCACAGAUGAAGAGACCUGUCCUAUUUGCGAAGUGUCUCCUAUCAACGUUCCUUAUAUGGCAGUUCCUUGCGGGCAUCGGCAUUGCUACUACUGCCUUUCUACAAGGUGUAUCGCGAACUCUACGUACCGGUGUGCACGAUGCAAUUCAAAUGUCACAGCAAUGCAGCGAUAUCAUCCACAAGUUGAGCUCGGUAGCUCCGAUCAGCAAAAUGUGAAAAACAAAAUUUAAAUUGCUUCUGGCGCUACUGUUUAAGAAGCUGUCUGCACCACUUGCACUUUUUCCUUACGUCAACUCCUCGAAAGAGCAUUAUGAGGGCUACUACGUAGAGCACCACCAGCAGAUUCAAGGCGAUA